UGCAUUGUUAGCUUCUCCUGAUAAACUAAUUGUCUCGCUUUGACACUGCGAAUAGAGAUCGGUAAAUGGGUCUCACCUCCCAACUGCUUCCCCCUCUGUUCUGCCUCCUAGCAUGUGCCAGCAACUUCGUCCAUGGAGGCAAAUGCGAUAUCACCUUAAACGAGAUCAUCAAAACUUUGAACAUCCUCACAGAGAGAAAGACUCCAUGCACCGAGUUGCCUGUAGCAGAUGUCUUUGCUGUCUCCAAGAGUACAACAGAGAAAGAGACCUUCUGCAGGGCUGCGACUGUGCUUCGGCAGUUCUACAGUCACCCCGAGAAGAGAUCCCUCUGCAGGGGAGCCCACGGUCACCACAAGCCUUUGACCAAAUUCCUGAAAGGACUCGACAGGAACCUCUAUAGCAUGGCAAACUUGAGUUACUGUCCUGUGAAUGAAGCCAGGAAGAGUACGUUGGAAGACUUCUUAAAAAGGCUAAAGAUGAUCAUGAAAGAGAAAUAUUCAAAGUGUUAAAGCUGAAUAUUAAUUUAUGUUUUUAAUAGCUUUAUUUUUGAAAUAUUUAUAUAUUUAUAACUCAUCAUAAAAUAAACUAUAUAGAAUCUAA